AUGUCCUCCUCAUACCGCAUUCAUCCGCUGGAAGAUAUGGAAGUAGACAAAGCCGGCACACCACCUCGACCUCCUCCAAAGCUGCACUCUGGGCAGCCGCUGUUGAAUGCAACAAAGUCUGUACCUCCUGCCGGCCAGCCGUCGAAUGCCCCAAAGUCUGUACGACCUGCUGGCCAGCUGUCGAAUGUACCCAAGUCCGUACCACUGGCCGUGCAGCCACAGUUGAAUAUAUCGAAGUCUGUACUGCCUCCUGGACAGCCGUUGUCGAAUAUACCAACAUCUGGACUGCCGGCGGAGCAGCAGCCAUCAAAUGUAGCAAAGUACAAACAACAACUAGAUGAUACGCCAACCCCACAGCCAGCAUCAACAUCUAGUGUGCGAGUGAGGGUGCAGGAGGCGGACUUCUCUGCCACAUACCGCAUGGAGAUGGAGAAGGCCCAUGCUCAACUGCGGCAGGAACAGGAGAAGGCAAAGAGAGACAGGGAAGAGCUGAUUGCUAUGGUACGUGAAGAGAGGGAUCGGGCGCAUCUUGAACAAGAGGCUUGGAAGCGAGAAAUGGCAGAAAGCCGGAAUCAUAUGUCUGAGAUGAUGAAGUUUAUAAAAACACGGCAGGAGGCCGAGAACGCAGCUGCAGCGCAGAUGCAAGCGGUGAAGUCAGCACUGGUUGAAGCAGAAGCACGGAGGGAGCGUGAGCUUGCCGAGUUGGAGGCAAAGAGGCAGUCUGAACUUGCGCAACUCAUGGCUAAGAUAACUGGAUCGCUUAGCACUGGUACUUCAGCUCCUCGAGGGGAGCCUGAGUCUGCCGAAACAGAAGCCAGCCCCGCUGGCUCUGGGUAUCAGUUAACCAAGAAAGAACUUCGCAACCUUCACCACAAUGGCAGGAAGAAGAAGGGCAUCUGGCAGACCCUUCAUGCUCUCAAUUCUGGAAGUGCUCUUGAGGAGGCUCUCGAGGACGUUCUGGAACAGUUCACUUCUGCUUCGCCUGGUUCAUCACAGACAGUAAACUAUCGACCGCAAAGAACCCCUUGGCGCAAGCGGGCCAGCGCUUUGACUGAGACAAAGGAAGAGUACAACAAACUGAAGGAGAAGAAUCCGGAGGCACAUAAGGACUACCUGGAUCUUUGCAGAGAGGCUGUCUGCAAGUCUUUUGAUAUCAAGACAGAUAGCGACAUUGCUCUUCGUCCACGAGCUGACCCACUGGCAGUGGAUGCGUACAAUGAUGGGGGUCCCAACAGCCCUGAUGCCAACAACUUAUAUGUUGAUAUGAGGGCCGCAGUCAAGGAUUCCCGUUGGAACCAAUGGCUGGUCGAGAUCCUCAUAGACAAGGCCCAUGAUCUAUGCCAACAGGUUGACCACCUUCGCGCUGGGUGGUGGUCAGUACUGCCCAAGCAUGACAGAGACGGUGUCAAGACUCAGGACGAACAUCGCACCCGCCUGCAGGACAAAUAUGGAGGUAUCCAUAAGAAAGUGCGGGUAAACACCCGGCGCUGUGGGGUACACGCAUUCCAUCACAUGGUGGGUAUCCCGGUUCCGCGAAAGGCAUCAAAGCAAGAUAGAGGUCGAAAACAUCACUUCGGCUUGUGCCACCAGGGACAGGUGUUGAGCUCAGAGUUCAUUACAUACGGUAGAACGUACGAGUAUCUCACACUGUCCACUGCGGCAUGCUCCACAAUUGUCUGA